UCUCUACUCGGUGAACUCAGAUAAAAACUGAGCAACGGAGAAAAUCCGUGCCUAUCAUCGGAAGAGAACACGAUGCUAAGUGGAGCCUUAGGGGGUAUGAUGCCUGCAGUGAAAGAUCUUGAGAAAGACAGUCGUGAUAAAACGUGAAAAUCCUGAGCGACAUGGAAUCUAAUUUUAUCUAUAACAUCUAAGAGUCAUCUUACAUCUUUUACCGAUGAAUUCGAACCAUGACAUGUUCCUUUCUAUAUUGGGAAGGAAUUCAAGAGGAAAACGCGGUACAAGACCUUACUCAGCUUGGUGAAUAAAACGGUGACACAGCCCCGGGGACACAGCACUGAGACUCGUUUCUCUCUCUCUCGGUUCAACUUCCACGGUAUUAAACAGAAGAGAAGUCGAAAGAAGACACUGUUGUUUAAAAUAUCAUUGAGCUCAAACAAGACGGAAAUUCUGGCUUAUGUUUCAUUCUCUUGACCGCUAUCUAGCGAGCCCUCGUUUUUGCUGUAUCGCAAAGAACAUUCUUGUAGUUGCUCAGUUCUAUCUGUAAAUCUGUUUGCAGGUCAAAUUUUCCCUGCGGUAAUCCGCAUUUUUUCCGAUCCCAAUCGUUAAACGGAUGGGAAAAUAUUUCAAGGUUUAGUUGCUACGUGUACAAAAUUAACCUAGUCGCUGACAACGCUAAAGAUGAAUGGUUUAGAUUUCCCUUUACUCCAUGUAUGAAGAAGGCAGACAGUAUUUACAGUGUUUGAAUUAGUUUUUCAGUUUGAAGACACUAUAAACGAAGUUACAACUCACGCAAAGCUGUCGGAUGGGAUUCAAAAUAACGUUGACGUGAUUUUCUGACAAGUACAUGCAAGCGAGAAGCACCCUUUUUCUUGUCACACACCCAACUUUGUCAGUGGACCCUGCCAAUCAAACGUAAUCAAAUCAUAUCAUUUCAUCUACGUCAACCUAGUUGAAGCCAGCAGCUGCAUGCUAGGUACCGAGUCUUUGAACGGUGUUUGUACCGCAAAGACAAUGCUGGAAUCACCACUACAUAACCGUUGAAUUGGACAUUCACUGUUAAGGUAAUACCGACAAAAGACGUUAUGCAAGACUUCAAAGUCUGCUAUCUUCCUGGCAUCAUUAUAUUGUUGUUUCUCAUCAGAUUAGGGGUCUCACAACAUUCUAAUGGAGGGGACAUCUCGAGUGGCACAAAUAACCAAAACACGCACAGAAAUGCUGAUUACCUUCUCAAGCGAAUAUUGGAAAUGAAAAGGACCAACCCCCAAGAAGGUCCCAAAUACCGCAACAUCAAUUCAAGUGCAGACCUGCACAAUAUUGUCAAUCCACGAUUUAGGACAGAAAUGGCAGUGCUGUUCUCAAGGCUACCUGAGUAUAACCAGUGUGACAUACUUGUUGCAGUGUCAAAGACAACACAGUGUCCUGUGUCAGACAUCAUUGAACUUUUAUUCAGCUUGACAGAGAUGAAACAGAACAUAAACGUGAGUUGUCCUGUUGGGGACAGAACCAAGCUAAAGCUGUGUAGUCAAGCUAACAAAACAUUUAUUGGUGAAACCUUCUGCAAUGAGCUGUUAAAUGUCUUCAAAUCACUCCCCUCACCUUUUAAAUGCCAUGUGAUCAAUGCCAUUGCUCUGGCUUACAGCCUUAAAGGCAGACGAAAUCUAGCCCUGUCUGUCAGUCAAACUCAAAACGCAGUAGCAGAGAUAUUCCCGUCUGUGAGCCUGCCUAAUACUUGUGCAGACCUUGAAAUGGAUCAUAUUAUACCAUCUAUCCCUCCAGUUAAUAUCACAGUGGCCUUGAGCAAUGCAGACAAGAAAACCUGGUUACAAACUUUAACAAAGAAAGGGCCUGAAAUUUACGAGAUUGUUUUAAAGUAUGAAUAUGAGAAGACCCACAAAGGAAAACUUUUGGGUCCUACCAGCCUUGCUCAGUAUUUAGAAGAACAUGAACUUAAUAGCACUCAACUUGUUACUGUUGGAGUAGAGGGAGGCAACAGGAUAUUUUCAGUGCUGUUCAGAUUAAAAGUGAAGCGCAAGCCAUCCAACCGAUUGAGAGAAAUCAGAUCGACAUACAGGAUCGUGGAGGCUCUAGAAGCCAAAAACCAGCAAGAGUUGAGAGAAAUCUUCAAUGCCAAGAUCAUUUCCGUUAGCCUGGAUGGAGAGAGGUCAAACAUUACUAAAUCACCACCAAAAACUGACAGGUGGACUGUGAAUCAAAUGGAUAUGGCAAAGGAGUUGUUUCCUGCAAACCUUUCAGAAUAUUACAAGCAACUUGUGAAACCAGCAAGAUGCUUUGUUGUGUUUUACAUCUCGCUUAAAAUCGGCAAGAGUCCAUUGGAAGUUGAAAUGUUCUAUUCUUCAUUUAAACGGUUUUCGAGAAAGCAUACAUGUUAUUACACCAGGAGAACUGGUCCUACAGAGACAACUCUUAUUAACGGGUUCACUCCUGAACGUUUUACUGGGAAUGCACUUUCAACACAAGUUCUUUCUGUAGAGACAACAAGAAAACCAUCAACUGUGAGUGAUGGAGCUGUUGAUCAUAUUUCUGACAAGGUGGAUAUAGAAGACUCAUCUUCCUUGGAAAUUGCACUUUUUGCUCUCUUGGGAACUCUCUGUGUCUGUGUUUUGGCAUUUACCAUUAACUGUGUUAUGUUAGCUUUGAAAGCAAAGCCUAUAGAUCAGAGUGAUGGGAGGCCAAAACCUAUGCUGCAGACUGCAGUAUUUCAUAAAAGCAAAAGUGUUGCAGGUUGCAAAGAAACUGAAUGUGUACACUUCACAGACACAAAUGGUUCCAAUUGCCAGCCAUCCAAUACAGAACAUCCUCCUAAAGUGGAGACCAUUGUACACAGUGACAAGAGUUGUAAUUGUUUAUGCCUUGUCUCGUCAUCAACACCUAAUACUAUUAGAAGGUGUGAUUACAAUAAGUCUUGUUUAAAAACCUCUCAACCUGUGCUACUGUGCGAUAAUGGUGGAGCGAAGAGAGCAAACUCAAGAACACAAUUAGAAAUUGAAUAUUGCUUAGGUUCUUCACCAGUGGCAAGAACAUUUGACACAUCACAGCUGUGUGUGGAUGACAGAGCAGAGAACAGUUCUCCUGAUAUGGAGGAGAGUUUUCCUAAGACUGAUUGUCAAUGCCCCAAAAGACCUCUGGACAGUCAACAGGGUGAUGGCAGAGUUUUGAAAUCACAGGAUAAAGCAACAAGUUGUUGUAGUAUAUCUGACACAAGCUACAAAGAACAUUUAUCUCCCAAAAUGAAACAUAAUGGCUGUCUUCCCACGGAAGAGUCGCAUGAAACAGUCAUUGUUUUGUUGGACUGCAAAGGAUUCAAAGAAGCACAGGUCUGACACAAGCUACAAGUGUCCUUAUGCUCUACUGAAACUUCAUAUUUAACAAGGUUGCUCUAUAUUCAUUAUUUAAUUAACUAGUUUUUAUAUCUUGUCUCAGGUAGUGAGACAAAAUUUGCUCCUCAUUAUGUUAUAUAUGUACCAACUGCCCUUACCGAUGUUCUCCCAGUUAUGACUUGUUAUGUAGAUCAAAGUAUGAAGUGCGAAUACUUGAAAUACCUUAGCCUGUGUAGUAGACAUUUCCUUUCCAUUUUCCAGGUGGGGAGAUCAAGCAAGCGAACAAACAAAUGAGUGUGCCUGGGGUGAGCAAAAAAUGAGAAGAGGGGAUGGGAAGUGGGGAGGGAGUGAGCCAAAAAAGGAGGAGAACGGGGAGGGGUGGGGAGGAAAGGUGAAUGCCUGCUAUGCAGGUUAGACAUAUCUAAAUGAAGACUUCUGGUUUCAAACUAAUAUUGUUGCCAUACAGGGUGUCAUUCAUCCCAGUUGCUGCACGACCAACAGCACUGUAGCUCAACUGGGAUUAAUGGCAGUUGGGCAUCUGUUGGGUUUGAGAAGUUAUUCUCUUACAAGUACUUUGUUAUGAAGUUCCCCAUGGCCCUAUUAUAAUGAGAGCGCAGAAAUGUAAUUAAAGUUCUUGCUACUCAGCAAUACAGAGCUUAAGAAUGAUGUUCACGACAAGCUUCUCAUUAAGGGCACGGCACCAUGCAAAUCGACUGGCUGUGAAAACUAUUUUGCCCCCCUGGUUUGACCAUCUGAAGGAAAUUUUCUCUUAUAACAUAGUUCAGUUAAAUUAUAUCUGCCUGCUUGUCAAGACCAGUUGCCUUCUUGCUGAAAACCUGAAUGGAACCCCUGUUCAUGAUGUUGACAGGCAAGUUUUUUUUGGCAGAGGUUUGGCAUUAAUAUGGUACUAUUAACAACCAAUACCACCAUAUUGAUGUGAUAGUAAUAUCCCUGUUGUUGUAUGGCCCCAAAGUACUGUUCAUUGUGCUUUAAAGGUCUAUUAUUGUGGCCAAUUACAUUACAGUAAUUACAACUAAAUGUUAUAAUUGAAGAUACCCAGAUGUAAUCUUAGUUACGAAUCACUCUCCUUAUGAUAAAGACACCUUUAUAUUACCAGGGCUGUCAUGAAGUAGCUUUUAACUUCUUACCUGUAACAAACUUGUUACCUUAUGGGUGACUCUUAUCAACUAUAGGCAAGUUCACCCAUAACAUCAAGUGCCCAUAAAGCAUAUUCAGCCCUUAUGAACCAAAGAACCCUGAAUUGAUACAAUCUUUAAUACAGACACCUUCAUAUAUAGUGCAGACACUGUACUCAGACCCUUUCGUCUGGGGGUGGGGGUACUCUACAAAAUCUUAUAUGGGGAGGAUCCACCCGAAGGUCUAACCCCUUAGCCUUUCACAUACCAUUUAAACAGAAAAAGUACCCUUUUCAUAUACCUUUUAUUAAAAAAAGAACCCCUCUCACUUACCUUCAUGAGAUCACUGCAUCCCUUUUCUAAACCCUUGAGAUAAAGUUAACGAACAAUUUUUCUGGAGAACGUAAAGCAUAACCUGAAAAGAUGCUAACCGGAAAAAGAAGUAUUUCAUAUUCAGAUCAUGUUGACAUUGGACUUAAAUGACAGAUUUCCCCCAUGUUUUCAUAUACCUUAACUUGUGAAAUCCCUACCCUUUUAUAUACCUGAAGCCUGUAAUAGGUGACCUCUUUUGGGCAGAGCCUCCCCGUGUAGGCCGUUAUAGUGAGUGCCCCCACUUCCCGGGCCUUUAGUGUCCCUUACAGAAAGGUUCAACUGCACUGAUUACCUAGACCACACUGUUUGACUAUCACUGUGGAAAGCUCCCUAUGAUAUUUCCAGAAAAAUGGGUCCUUUAUGAUAACCAAAAUUUUAUUGACAACAGCUUUACAAUCAAACAAUGUAAGUUUAUAUUAUUUGUAGAGAAGUUUCCUUUCCUGUAAACCGUCACAUACGUGAAACUUUCCACUUGAUUUCUUGUAGCAUACGUACCAAUGUGCCUGCAGACUUGUACAUAAAGAGUUAAGGUUAUUUAUCUUGUCAUUUGACACUGUGGCAUUUGAGUGCUAAUUUAGAAACUGGAUGUAGUUAUGGAUCAUUUCGGUCUAAGUGUUGAGACAGUUCCAGCUUUUGCUGGCUUUUAGACAUUACAAUAAAAGUUUGUUAUGUUGCCAUAAUACAA